GUCUUAAUCCUGUCUGAAGUGAAAUCAUCCUAAUUAUUUGUUGAGCUCAAGAUGAGACAUCCACAACGUCGACAGUAAACGUGCCAGCCCGUAACGAGCCUUUAUUGUAGUUCUAAAAACGCGCGCUAAACGGUGGGGCGAAUCCCUCAGACCCAACCCCCCUCAGAGCGACGCGUCCGGGGUGCGCACUGCGAUCCUCCGUCACACGAAGCUCCGUACCAUCACGGAUGUAUCAGGGUCUCCACGGAUCGUACAGGGAUGCGAUGGGCGUGAGCGCGUCGAUGCAUCGUGCGUCUUUAGUGUAAAACAUGAAUCCGUGGGUAAUUUGUCGGUCUGUCGCAGUGCAAACGACGGAACUGCAGCGCUGAGUACUGAAAGCACGAAUGCUGCCCGUUGCCAAUAGGGAGUUUAUAAGGAGGUCGAGAAGCAAGACACGGAUGGGGCCGUCUUCUCCACACGGAUCAUUAUUUAUCUGAUCGUUUGCUGCCCCUUUUGUGGGUCUGCCUCGUUCCUUGCAGCCCGGUGAUCGUCGUUUGAUUUGGGACUACGCUAUGGAUGAAGGAGGAGGCACGGAGAAGCUGGAGCCGGAGGAGGCUGUCGGCGGUGUGGAGAACGAGGCUGAGAGCAUACCGGUGCAGGAGAAAACGAGCGCGAUCGACACACUGAAUCUACUGGACACGUGUCCGUCUUGCCAUUUAAACUUUCAGAGCCGGGAGCCUAAACUUCUUCCGUGCCUACACUCUUUUUGUAAAAAAUGUCUACCUCCACCCUCGAGGAAUCUAGCUGUUGCCGAGCCACCGACCAUCCAGGUGGACAAUCCUGCCAACAAACCACUGAACGUGAUCCGCUGUCCAGUAUGCAGACAAGAAUGCAUGGAAGCGGACGUCAUGGAGAACCUGUUUGUCAAUGAUGCGUUUGAAGCGCCCAGCAGCACCAUGGAAAGAUGUGUCCAGCUGUGUAUGACGUGCGAGGACAACACCGAGGCGGCGGGCUUCUGCGUGGACUGUGUGGAGUACCUGUGUGCCACGUGCGUGGAGGCCCACCAGAGAGUCAAGUUCACCAAAGACCACGCCAUACGCCACAAGGUGGACGGGACCAGAGAGGUGGACGGGCUGUCGGCUCCCCAGAGGCCCGUCUUCUGCGAUGUCCACAAGCAGGAGCCUCUGAAGCUCUUCUGUGAGACGUGUGACCUGCUCACCUGCCGGGACUGUCAGCUGCUCAAGCACAAGGACCACAGUUAUCAGUUCCUGGACGAUGCCUAUAGCAACCACAAGCAACACAUGGAGAGCAUGACGCGUCAGCUGAAGGAGAAGAAGAAAGUCAUCGACGAGGUUUCCCAUUCAAUCAACAGCGGACUACACCAUGUGAGUAAAAACCGCCACUCUGUCCGCAAUGAGAUCAAGAAGUCAAUCUGCGCCCUGAUCGUUGAGAUUAACAAGAAGGGCAAGGUGCUGGUGAAUCAACUGGAGGAGGUGACGAAGAGCCACGAGAGCACGCUGAAGAAACAGCAGCAGGACAUAGGCUAUCUCUCCCGGCACCUGGACCACGUCAUUAACUUCACCAGCUGGGCCACGCAGCGAAACGGGGGCACGGCCUUCCUGUACUGUAAACGCCUGAUUCUGUUCCAGAUUGGGAAUCUGCUGCAGGCCAAAUGCACUACCUCCUUCAUACCGCAGAGCUCGGUGCGCUUCCAGUGUCGAUCCGCCUAUUGGGCCUCCAACGUGGAUCUGGGCACUUUGGUGGUGGAGAAUAUUCCGGGAAAGCCACUGGGGAGCUCCCGGGGCAGCCCUGCUCCCCGGCUCCCGCAUUCUGGCCCCGGGCCCCCGGGCUCGCCCGCCGGCACGGCCCUGGAGCCUCGCCUGGCGUCCCAUCACACACUGGCUCAGCUGCAGAUGCAGGUGGACAAGCUCAACCCACAGCCUCGCUGGCAGAGCCCCCCGCCCGCCGGCCCCCCGCCGCCACCGCACUCCCAGCCGUGGUCCUGGUACCAGAGUGUUCGUCUGCCCAGGUCCUCCCCCGUGCCCCCCCAGGGGGGGCCCCCACCCCAGGGAGGGGGGCGGCCCCGGAUGUCCCCCCAGCCGGCCAGCCACCGCUUCAUGGGGGCCCCUGCCCACCGUGCCAGCCCCACCAACGGCUCCACUGGAUACCCCACCCAGCCUCCAAGGGGGAUGGUGAGCAGCUCAACCCUCCAGACCAAAGCCACAGACGUGUUCUCCUCUUCACCUUUUUAUACCCAGCCUGCAUCACUGCCCACCAAUGUAUCUCCUCUCUCCAGACAGCUGAUGGACCCAACGUAUCUGAACAAGAGAGAUGAUCCGGUCCAGAUGCUCAGAUCAAAAUACCCACAGGGUCUGCCCCCCCCCCAGGCUGUCCCAAAUGUAAAUGGACAGAGGAAUUCCCAAGGGUACCCGGCCGUAUCCCACGACGAUAAAUCAGGGCUGGUGACCUGGAGGUCUUCAGAGGUUCAGGUGGCUGAGGGACCAGAGGCCUGGGCCUCCAAGAGGAGACGGAGGCUCUCUCCAGGACCACUCCUCUCCAUCAAGGACGAGCCAGAGGACCACAGCAGCUUCUUCGCUGUUCAUCUCCAGUCCACCAAGCAGCAGUUACACCCGACCCAAAGAACCAGCCUACCCGACAGUACAGCCGACCGCUCCCAGGCCAGCGUGGGGGCCGCUGGGCCGUGGGGCUCCACCACCCCUCCUGGGAGCACCGGCCGGAGCCCCCGGCCCCUAGCCCUGAGGAGCCCGCAGUGGGGGGGGGAGACGCGAGGCGACUGGCGCCGGGCGUCUCCCAGUGAACACUGGUGUGCCGCGUGUCGCGGCGGCGGGGAGCUGCUCUGCUGCGAUAAGUGUCCCAAAGUGUUCCACCUCGCCUGCCACGUUCCGACGCUGCCUCGCUCGCCCAGUGGGUCGUGGUUGUGUUCGCUGUGCCGGGAGCUGACUGGUCCAGAGUCUGACCGCGAUAACAAACCUGAGGCCAGAACGGUGAAAGAGGAGCCAGACUGCCCAGAAGGCUUCCCCCCUCUGGACAAACGGAAAUGCGAAAGGCUGUUGCUGCUGCUGUUCUGCAGCGAUUUGAGCGUGGACUUUCAUCGACCCCUCGACCCAGCGGCAUUAGCUGACAAGCAGGGGAACCCGAAGAGGCCCAUGGAUCUGUCCACCAUUAAACGGAGGCUGACUGCCGGCCCCGGUCCAGCCUACCAAGGCCCUGAGGAGGUCAUAGCAGACGUCCGUCUCAUCUUCAGGGACUGGGAGGCCUACAGCCAGGCCAGCUCUGCGGUUGCAACGGCGAGUAGGAGACUGGAAAGGUUCUUUGAAGAGCAGCUGAAGAUCCUCUACCCCGAUAGGCUGUUCCCAGAGAUCAAAAGAGAGCCAGAGCAGUUGUCCUGCCCCGGCCCCUCUCCGCCCCCAGCCACAACCAUUGGUAACCCACAGCCUCCGUGACGCCAGCUCACGGACUACGAUACCCAGCAUGCACUGGGCCCUCCCAUUGGACCACAUGGAACAGGAUGAACGCACGGACAGUCUUUGUUCGCUGCAAUGUUCACCCUAUGCACUUUCACGUCAGCAGAUUAUGAUGAUAUUCAUUGGGGUUGUAAGCAUUAUUUGGCCAUUUGGACUGA